AUGACAAAAAAAUUGAACGAGAAAAAAAACUGGAAAUUCCGUAAGGGCUUGAAAGAUGAAUUAUUCAGUGUGCAUCCGUUAUGGGUAGCCAGCGUCUCCCAGAGUCACAUUCUCUUGGCAGCUGUCGUCACUAUGGAUGACUCAGAGAAACGAUACCUUUUAACGCUAACUUCCUUAUCAGAUUCACGUCCAAAUUUUACUUUUGCACAGACUGAACAAGAGGAUGCACAAUCACCAGACGCACAAUAG